UUUAAUAAUAUUGUAUAAAUAUAGGUAGCUUUUUAAAUUUACUAUGCCAGGACUGGGAAUAUUUAAGGACCUAUUUCAUAUGGACCAUGAAAACCACUUACCAGUCCAAGUGAAGGCCAAACCCAGGAGCCAACACGACUGCCUUCGCACCAGCGCGAAGAUCCGCUUGAUCCUCGCCAAGUUUCCUCCCGCGAAACCGAUACACGACCUGCCCUGUCUUGGAUACUCAUGCGACUACGCCUGUGGAAAAUGUACAGCCACGAUUUCCAAAACGAAUUCCCACCCGAUACCACCAUUUCCCGACAAUAACCUGGACACAGAAACGAAUAAUGGCCGGCCAGGAAAUGAUCCGGCCAGGACACAGUUCGAAAAUAGCAAGCAGAGCCAAGGAUGGAAUGCAGUUACCGAAGUAGUUCAGCUGGUGCAGCUAGUGGUGACAGCCACGGCAUUCGCACUAUACUACGUCAUCUACGGCUGGAUGCAGCUGGUCUACCACGGGCUGCGGGUCGCUAUGUUCUUCAGAGAUUCUGACGGGCCGACGAAAAUGAUGCUUGGGGUGGUUGGUGUUACGUCGAUCAUCGUGGGGUGCAACAUGCUCCUCCGCAUCCGUAAGAUCUACUCUGACAUACUGCGAUAAAUCCGGAUUUUUUGACACAGUACAUUUUGUGUGAGA